UACAAAUUUAGAAAGGUAUAUAUAUAGCCAGUACAUCAUCUUUUCACCAAUGGAUUUGCUUUAAAUUUCUCACACAAAGCUACAUUUGCUGGAGGAUCUUUCCACAAAAAUAAAUAGAGGAUGUCAAACUUGGCACAAUUUGACUCUGAUUUUUACCAGUCUAAUUUUACUAUUGAUAACCAGGAGCAGAGUGGUAAUAACUCUAAUGCUUAUGGAAACCUUUAUGGAUCUAGAAAACAACAAGCUGGUGAGCAGCCUCAGCCCGCCUCUUUUGUUCCACCAGAGAUGCUCAUGUCACCAGGUUACACAGGACAAUUUUUUCAGCCAGCAUCCAACUCGGAUUAUUAUUCACAAUCUUCUUACAUUGACAGUUUUGAUGAAGAGCCUCCUCUGCUAGAAGAACUUGGAAUCCAUUUUGAUCACAUAUGGCAAAAAACUUUGACAGUGUUAAACCCAAUGAAGCCAGCAGAUGGCAGCAUUAUGAAUGAAACGGACCUCACUGGACCCAUUCUUUUUUGCGUAGCCCUGGGAGCCACCUUGCUUCUGACAGGGAAAGUUCAGUUUGGUUAUGUGUAUGGCCUGAGUGCCAUUGGCUGCCUUGUGAUUCACGCCUUGCUGAACCUGAUGAGCUCUUCAGGGGUGUCAUACGGCUGUGUGGCCAGCGUGCUGGGUUACUGCCUGCUCCCCAUGGUCAUCCUGUCUGGCUGCCCCAUGUUCUUUUCACUGCAGGGCGCCUUUGGAACUGUGUCAUCCCUGGUCAUCAUUGGCUGGUGUAGUCUCUCAGCUUCCAAGAUUUUCAUUUCAGCCUUGGACAUGGAAGGACAGCAGCUUCUUGUUGCCUACCCUUGUGCCUUACUUUAUGGACUUUUUGCCCUCCUAACAAUUUUCUAAAAAAUGUUUGAGAUGGCAUUGCAAGACUCUAUUCGUUUGCUAUCCAGAUUAUUUUGGAACUAUAUUGACAUUCAAAUUUGGUAAUAAGAUUUCUGUUUUAUUGCUUUUGAGAGAGUAAUAAGCAGAGCAACAAAGCAGCACUUAAGGAUGGUGCUCUAAUAGCCUAUUGGUUUGAAUAAUGUUUUGCUUUUGAGUUUGGUGCAUUAAAACAUUUCAAAAUACUUAAAAAGGGAUACAGAUGCUGUACUGAUCGACCCUGCUUUUCUCAAUAGACGUAUUUCUGAGAAACCGUAAGUAAAUAAAACCAUAUGUUUACCAAAAGGAAAUCUCUAGUAAGCCUUUUGAGAAACUUUCAUGACAGCUCAAGCUGUGUGCAUGUGGCUAAAAAUUGCACUGUUCUGCACCUUUGGAGAGUUCAGCGGUUGUUAUGUAGGGUUUUAUUUACCCAACGUCUCAAAGAACCUCUUCCCUUUAAAUAAAUAGUUUUAAUAACUAUUCUUUGGUCUCAUUUAGAUAAUGCAUUGACUCACCACUUUUUUAAGCCUUCAGUUUCAUCUUACUUGGUUUAGAUGCCAUGAUUUAUUACUCUAAUUUCUUUCUCGUAUGUAUACUCAGCAACCUUGCCAUUUUCUCCCUAAGUAGGUGAAUGUUACUAGAAGAAAUCCCACUCACUUUAUGUUUAUUGUAUUACCAUGUCUUAAGUGGCUUCUCUGUACUAUCCUCGAGUCCUACUACAUUCUCUUAAAUUUGCCUCCAUGCUAUCUGAGAUAAAUAUAUCACACCAGUUCUUCUCCACCGAAAUCCCCAAGACUCCUUUCUCAUUUUCUACUGUUAGUCAAUUCUUAUUUUAUUGCAAAACAGAAACAUCUAGAAGAAAAGUGCUUGUCUUUCCCCUUUCUUCUCUCUCCACCUACAUGCAUCUUUACCCAUAUGUACUCUUCUUUUCCUCUUGUCUCUCUCUUCUCUCCACAGCCAUCCCCUCUACCUGCAUAACCCAUAUUUUCUCCUCAUCUUUCAUUUAUAUCAGCACAUGAAUAUGUUUCAAUAACUUUUAUCUUAAAAUAAAACUCCUUUGAUUUAACAUCUUUAUCUAGUUAUGGCCCAUUCUCUGUUCCUUUUUAUUGCAAAAACCCUUGAAAGCAUUUUCUAUUGUCUCUGCUUCUACUUCAUCAUCUCCCAUUCUUGCUAUCUUACAUUCUAGGCAAUAAUUUAUCACCCUAUUCACCAAGACCACCUUUGUCAAGUUAGCAACAAUGUCCACAUCUUGUAAACUUGGAUGGUCAAUUCUGUUUCAUUUUAUUUGAACCCUGACAGGUAUUUAUUUGAUUAUCCAACCUUCUUAGCCAUUAUGCUGAAGCACUUCUUCACUGAAAUUCUAGAGUGUCACAUGCUCUUGGAUUAUUUUCCUACCUCAUAGGUAGCUUCUCCUCAGUCUCCUUGACGGAUCUUCUUCUUAGCCUUAAAUCUUUCUAAUCCUCCCUUGCUAGAUGAGCUCAUUUAAUUGAAUGGCUUUAAAAUCUAAUGAUCACCAAAUUUCAAUCUCCAUCCAAUACUCUCCCCUAAGCUCUUAACAUAUAUACACAACUUAUACUUAAUACUUCCAUUUGAUCAUUAAUAUGAUAUGCUUAGUAAUAGCAUAUCUGAAACCAAACCUUUGACUUCUAUCCUGUCCUACCCGUCCCUCUUUCAUAUUUUCUCAUCUUUAUAAGAAGAACCACAAAUCACUCAGUUGUUCAUUUACAGAGUAGUCAGUCUUGGUUACUCUUACUUUCAUAUAUGAUAUCUGGUGCAUCAAUUAUUUUAACUAUGUAAUCAAAACGUGUCCCAAAAGUGACCAUGUGUCCUGGGCUCCUUCGUUGCCUGAACUACUCCCAACCACUCUGCUCUGUCACAGCACAGAAGCAGUUUCCUAAUUGGCUUCAUGUUUUCAUCCCAAUAAGCUUUUCUUUUUUCUUUUACUUUUUGUAUUUUUGUUUUUAUUCUUUAUUGUUUUAUUAUUAUAUUUUAAGUUCUGGGGUACAUGGGCAGAUCAUGCAGGAUUAUUAUAUAGGUAUACACAUACCAUGGUGGUUUGCUGCAUUCAUCACCCCAUCAUCUACAUUAGGUAUUUCUCCUAAUGUUAUCCCUCCCCAAUCCCCCUCACCCCCUGCUAUCCCUCCCCAGUCCCUCUACCCCCGAAUAGACCUCAGCGUACGAUGUUCCCCUCCUUGUGACCAUGUGUUCUCAUUGUUCAACAACAACUUAUGAGUGAGAAUGUGGUGUUUGGUUUUACGUUCUUGUGUCAGUUUAUUGAGAAUGGUUUCCAGCUUCAUCCACGUCCCUGAAAAGGACAUGAACUCAUCCUUUUUAUGACUGCAUAGUAUUCCAUGGUGUGUAUGUGCCACAUUUUCUUUAUCCAGUCUAUCAUUGAUAGGCAUUUGGUUGGUUCCAAGUCUUUGCUAUUGUAAACAGUGCCACAAUGAACAUACAUGUGCAUAUGUCUUUAUGGUAGAAUGAUUUAUAAUCCUUUGGUUAUAUAUCCAAUAACAGGAUUGCUGGGCCAAAUGGUAUUUCUAUUUCUAGAUCCUUGAGGAAUGGGCACACUGUCUUGAACUAAUUUACACUCCCACCAACAGUGUAAAAGCAUUCCAAUUUCUCCACAUCCUCUCCAGCAUCUGUUGUCUCCAGAUUUUUUAAUGAUCGCCAUUCUAACUGGUGUGAGAUGGUAUCUCAAUGUGGUUUUGAUUUGCAUUUUAAUGACCAGCUUUUCUAAACAUCAGUGUGAUCUUUUGAAAAUGAAAAGCAAUUAUGUCAUUCCAAGUCCCUUUCCUGUCUUUCACUCAUAUUUGAGUAAUUAUUUGAGUUUUACUCAAUAAAACUCAACCCCUUUUUAUAGCUCGGAAGCUUCCUUUUCAGAGUGGUAUCCAGAACAAUAUUAGCAUCCCUUGGAAGCUUGUUGGGAAUUCAGAAUCUCAGGUCCUGCCCCAGACUUCCUUAAUGAGAGUCUGCAUCUUAACAAGAUUCCAGAUGGUUUAUAUGCACAACUAAGUUUCAAAAGUGUGAGACAAGAAGGUCUUGCCUGCACAAUCUCACUAUGUCUUGCCUUUUUGACAUCAUCUUCGAUUCUCUCUCUGGAUCACUGGUUUUAUUGCUUCUUUUCAAACCAAGUUUAUUCACCUUAGGAUCUUUAUACAAAUUCAGUCUACUUGCAACAUUUUCACUUCAGAUCUUUUUUUUUUUAAGGAGGGAAGGAAAGAAAGAAAAAAAGGAGUGAAGGAGCGGAAGAAAGAGGAAGAAAAAGAGGGAGAGAGAACGGGAAUGUUGCUUUAUUCUAAAAAUGGGUAUUGACAUAAAAUAGGUCUUUUAUACCAAUAAUUGUGCUUAAUAAUGGUCGAUCAAUAUUUCAUUUAAACCUAUGAGUAGGUGUGAUGUGGUACUGACAAGAAUGUAUAUUUUGUUGGCCGGGCGCGGUGGCUCAAGCCUGUAAUCCCAACACUUUGCAAGGCCGAGGCGGGUGGAUCAUGAAGUCAAGAGAACGAGACCAUCCUGGUCAACAUAGUGAAACCCCAUCUCUACUAAAAAUAUAAAAAAUUAGCUGGGCAUGGUGGCACGUGCCUGUAAUCCCAGCUACUUGGGAGGCUGAGGCAGGAGAAUUGCCUGAACCCAGGAGGCAGAGGUUGUGGUGAGCCAAGAUCACGCCAUUGCACUCCAGCCUGGGUAACAAGUGUGAAACUCCAUCUCAAAAAAAAAAAAAAAAGAAUGUAUAUUUUGUGUAUUUAAAGUGGCGAGCUCUAUAAAUGUUUAUUACGUUUACUUGUUCUGGAUAUGAGUUCAAGUCCUGGAUAUCCUUAUUAAUUUUCUGUCUCGUUGAUCUAUCUAAUAUUGAUGUUGAAGUCUCCCACUAUUAUUGUGUGGGAGUCUAGGGAGUCUGAGUCUCUUUAUAGGUCUUAAGUAUCUGGGUGUUAGGAUCAUUAGCUCUUAUUGUUGCAUUGCCCCUUUUACCACUAUAUCUUUGUUGCUUUAAAAUCUAUUUUAUCAGAUGAGAGAAUUGCAACUCCUGCUUUUUAUUUGUUUAUUUAUUUUUGCUCUCCAUUUGGUUGGUACAUCUUUCUCCAUCCCUUUUUUUUGAGUCUUUGUGUAUCCUUGCAUGUGAAGCAGAUCUCUCAGCAGAAACCCAACAAGUCAGAAGAGAGUGGGGGCCAAUAUUCAACAACCUUAAAGAAAAGAACUUUCAGCCCAGAGUUUCAUAUCCAGCCAAACUAAUCUUCACAACUGAAGGAAAAAUAAAACCUUUUAUGAACAAGCAAGUACUUAGAGAUUUUAUUACCACCAGGCCUGCUUUACAAGAGCUUCUGAAAGAAGCAUUACACAUAGAAAGGAACAAUCAGUAUUACCCUUCCUAAAAAUAUACCAAAAAGUAAAGAGCAUCAACAUAAAGAAGAAUUUACAUGAAUGAAUGGACAAAACAAAAAAAUUUCAUAUUAUUAACUUCUCUAUUCAUAUUACCUCCUCAGAGAAGCCUUCACUGGCUUUCUUUUUUUCAACAGUACACCCAUCCAGCUUUGCUGAGUCUGCUUCUUGCGGUAGCUGUUACAAUUACUUGAAAUUAUGUUUUUUAUUUAGUUAUUUGCUUUCCAUUCUUCCCCCAACUCCCCAGAAAAUAAAAACUCUGAGGCCAAAGAACUUGUCUAUAUGAAACAGUUCCCAAUAAGGAAUAGGAGAUUAACAUUUAUUUAUUAAAUUAAUGAAUAAAUAAACAAGGCUGGGAUUAGACAUUGGUCACUAUGGUGAACCAGACAGUUGACGGUUGCCGCCUUAAUGGAAAUACUUUGGCAGUGGAGAAAAAUAAACAGUAAGCAAUCAAUUAAUAUGAGAAAGUUACAAAAGUAUGAGAAGAAUUCUAAGGCAGGAGUAUGUGGAAAAGAAGGCAGGAUUGUAGUAAAUGUCAGACUGUUAUGGACUAAUCACCCAUUAAUAGACAUGUUAAUUAGCAAAGAUUUUCUUAUGUUCUUGGUCUUUAUAUUUGGGCUGAGACAAUUCUACUGACAUCCUUCAUGGUGAAGCAAGAAUGCCAUUUAUUGUAAUGCUUUCUCUAUAAAAAUCACCCCUUUGUUAAGAAGUAUACUUAUGGACCGAUUUUUUUUUUGGAAACUGCUUUUAUUUUUAGAAAGAUAAAAUUAAAAAUUGCUCUAAAUUCAGGAUGUAAGUUGAUGUUUUUCUGUGUAUAAAAACAGAGUCAUACACAGAAAAGAUUUGAUAUUUUUCACUAUGAAAAAUUAAAGCCUCUAUAUUAAAAAACUACAUAAACUAUUAAAUAUUUCCAUAACAGUAAGAAAUAAGAAUAAAUUCUAUUUAAUAGUUCCUAAUGACAGAAUUGUGAAUACCAAAGAAUUAAUGUAAAAAGAAAUACAGAUGAUUUAUAUGAAAAUAAUUGCAAAAUAUUAGAGGCUUAUUUUAGGAAGCUUAAAUUUAUAAAAAGAUAGACUAUAUCCCUGGAUGAGAAAAUUGGACUUCAUAAGAGAAUCUCCACCAAAUAAAUGUGUAUGUUUAAUAUAAUCUCAAUUAAAAUCCAAGAGGCAUUUUUCUAGGAGGUCAACAAAUUGAUUCUGAGGUUAAUAUAAAAAAUUGGGCAAAUAUAUAAUAUAAUUGUGAAGAAUCGGAAAAAAUAUAAAAAUUUAUUACAAUUGUGAGUUAAGUAGGUUAUUGUUUAUCUCUGUAAUUGAAUGCUUGGUAAAUAAGAAAUAUUUUGGAAGAGUCAUGGCAGGAGAAAUUAUAUGCAGCAAGUUUUCACAUUUUGAUAUUUACUAAGGAUUUACCAUGGGCUGGCCUAGAUGCUUUAAGUUUAUUAACUCACAUUUAAUCCUCACUAUAAUUUUAUAAAGUGCACUUAUCAUCACCUCCAUUUAAUAAGUGAGGCUACUGAGUUACAGAAAGGCUAAAUCACUUGCUGAAAGUUACACAGCCAAUGGCUAGGAGUUGAAUCAAGGAAGCUUGAUUCCAGAAUGCAUAAUCACUAUAUAACACUGCCUGUAGCUAAGUAGCAAUUCAUCUAUUGUUCAUUCUACUCAGUUUUAUUCUUUCUUGUUGAUCUUGGGCAAUACUGGACAGAGCCAAUGGGCUUUACCUACAAGGGAAAAAUAAUAUUGUAAUAAGACAGAAGAAUCCAUAAUGUCUAAGUGGAUUAAAGUAGUACCUGUAUGACUCCUGGGUCCGUUUCUGAACUCUAAUUGAAAUGAAUGAUGCAUAUUCAGAUCCAGUUAGCAUUUGCAUACAAACAUUUUGCAAAAUAUCAUUAUUUCCCCCAAUUCCAAGAGGUGCAUACAUUUUAUGGAUUUGUGUGGAAUGAAGAUAUUUCCUUUUAAAUUUAUUAUAUACUUUGUAAAAUGUAUCUGCAGUCAGUAGAAUGUGCUACAGAACAAAUGAGAAAGUGAAAGAAAACACAUUUGGGGUACACAAUGAGAAAUAUAUCUUUUUUUUUUUAUCUGAGAAUGUAACAUUUUCAUUUUUCUGUCUUUACUGGUUGGAUGAAACUACAGAUUAUUGCUAAGGGUAAAUGGCACAUUUAGUGUCAAGAGAUGGCCUUCAUUUCAACAGGAAUGAUUGGGGACAUGGGCUGAAAAUAAAAGUCCUGAAUUACUCGGACUCAAGUGCCCCAGUUCAAAACAGUUUAACUAGGGCAGUGGCCUUUGUCACAUUUGAUGACAGAUGCUAUUCUACUCUGCUCUGACUCCAAGUGAAGGAUGCCAACUGUAAACCCACAUUGACAAGCUACUGCUCCUCUUGUUCUCAGAGCAUGGUAGGUUCUAUUCUGCUUCUCUGAAACAGUCAAGAGCCUAUAGCUUUACAAAUAGGUUUUCAUAUUUGAGUAAAAGUAUAAAAUAAUUUUUUAAGUUUAAAAAACCAACAAGGCUGUGUUGCAGAGAAUCCUUGAUGAUGGUGACCAAAUACAUAUUUUUUUUUUUGUGAAGGUAGGAUUCAUGGGCUUUUACAAUGCUGAUUAGCCAUGCAGACUGGUGAAAAUAUCUUGGAAAAAGAUUUUGACAUAGAAGAAAAGAAGGAAAUAAGUAAAGGAGGAAAGAAGGAGAAAAAUCAACCUUAAGUUCUCAUCCCAGUUCUGCCUGUAAAUAGUUUGCUGCAUUUAAGACCGUUACAUAGCUUUUUGAAAUUCAUUCUCUUUACAUGGAAAAUGAAGUGAGUAAUGCAGAGUUUGCAAUGGUCUUGUGAGGACUAAAUAAGAUGCUGCAUAUAAAUUGCCUAGCCCAGUGCCCUGCAUAUAGUAAUUACCCAGUAAGUGGAAACUUGCCACAGCGGUAAUAGAUCCUCAGGGAUAAGAUUUUAGGAAAGUCUAUUUGCUUUUCCAUCAUAUCAUGAAUAAAAUUAUGGGUAAAAGAUGAUGACCUUAAUUGAUAUAUGGACUUAAUGGAAAACAAUUAUUUUGGCAUGGUGGUGCAACCAGUGAGGGAGAUAAUGUCAAGGUCAGCUAAACUUUUUGUUAAGUAUUACUAGAAAUAUUAACACAAUUUUAUGAAUUUGAGACAAUGUCCUUUGUUGAAGUUUUAGUAUUUGGCUACCAAGCAUCUGAAUAUUUUAUAAAGAAGGCAUUUUCCACACCCUCUCUCUGAUCUUUGGCAGCUAGUGGCAUAUGAAAUAGGAUUGGCCAAUUUGAUCAUUUUGUUCAGCACCUGGAAUCCUGAUAAACUGAUACAAGAGCAUAGAAGAAGUUAGAAAUAUUCACAGAAGCUGAAGGACAGAUUCUGGCGGUGGUAGUAACUAUGCAUAUGUAGCUGGGUCCAUAUCUGUAGAAGAACUUUAUCUUGAGCAAGACUUGGGCUGUGUUCUCCACUCAGUCUCUUUUGGAUCAUGGACUUUUCCCGAACUCUGUUCCCUUACCUUACAGCUGAAUCUAUGAACACGCCUUUAUCCUUCUUAUAAAUCCUAUUUCUUUUUUUAUUAACUAGAGCCAAUUUCUGUUGUUUGCAUACAAAGACUCCUAAGGUAUUGAUAGACUAAUGAACAUUUCCUAUCUUGGUAUCACUAAAACUUUUGAAGGCAUAUUAGGUUAUCAUAAUAGAGAAGGUUGAAAUACAUGUUAUUCUUUUCAUUAUCUGGGAGGACACAACUAUUAUAUUGUAUGUAGCACGAGCACAACAGUUAGCACCUAAACUGUUACUGUAGAGAUAUUUUCAUCACACAGAACAAUAUAAACAUGGUACAUGAAACUGACUGUAGUUUCAUACUGACUUAAGAAAACUACUGACUGUAGUUUUCUCUUUGACCAGAGAGAUUUUUAGUAACUAGAGUGUAACUUCCAGACUCUCGGAAUUAAGAACUUGUGUUUUAUUUGUCCCAGCUGCAAAUCUUGUGAGGCACAUUGAAGAUGGUAUUUGUUGGUGUAUAAUGUGGUUUAGAGAUGAGCCUUGCUAGAAGGAAAGCAGCAUGUGAGGAAGAACAUGCUCAAUAUUUCACUGAGGCAGAAUCCAGGGCAAGAGCAGCAGAAAUGUUAAUGAAUACCAGCCAAUAGCAGAGCAGUCCAACGGGCUCCUGCUGACCCAGUGAGAGGGCACACAGGCCCUCAGUUGCUGCCUGUCACCAGUGGGAUCAUCAUCUAUAGGUGCUGCAAUCUGUCCUGCAUUUUAAAAUGUGAACACUGGGGAAUUCAUCUCUAUCUAAUAAAAGGCGUGGGACUCGUAGAUAAACAACCAUUCUAAACUUCCUUUAAAGGGAUCGUUUAUUGAACAGACAGGGGUGAGAGAAGCCAGUACAACAAGUAUAAGCAAGGUUGUUUUUAUGUCAAAGGCAUAUUAGAGGAACUUUUACAGAAUGCUCUCAAAUUUCUGGGAUUUGCUUAGGAUGCAGUUGUUUAGAGAGGCCCCACUAUGCCAUUUUGUUUCUGUGUUUAUUAUUCUUUAUUUGCCCAGGGAGUUUGCCAGAGGGAGUCCAAAAAACAUAUAGAAUAAGCAAGGAAAUUUUUAUUCUUAGAACUAUUUUUGUCAACACUGGCUACAAAAGCAUUUAUUAUAUAUAUAUAUUUGGAUAUGACCCUGGGCUUGCCCUCUGCAACAAAUCAUAGAGCCUGGGCUAUUGCUUUGCAUACCUAUAACCCUUGCCCUAUGUAUCUGCCCUGGAUCAUCCCUGCUAUCAAGAAGCAUUGCUUAAUUAAAACAAUAAAUUUGAAAUGCAAAUAAGUCUUCCCUGAUGAAUCAUUUACAUUAAUGUUAACUUAAUCUUAUUAGAAAUCAACUUCCAGCAAGAUUUCCCAAGUUAAAUUCCUUUCAUCAAAACUUUUUUUAACCUCUCAUCAUUCAUAAACUUGGAUAAAAUAAACCCUCCAAAUAGCCAUUAAUAUUUGCUUAAACAUUAUAUUUUAAUGGAUUUUUAUUUUUAAAUAAUGAGAGAUUCUAUUUACUAAUUUUUGCUUUCAGUCACAACUUGAAUUAAUCUGGAGAAAAUUCAUCUUAACGCGAGCAGAAUGAACUCAUCCAGAAUAUUUUUAAAAUGAACUCAUCCAGAAUAUUUUUAAAUGUUAUUAGAACCAUCUUGGUUCCAGCACACAGCUUCAUAACACUUCAGAAUUAGUACCCAUUUGGUUGUGAAAAACUCCUAAGUGACCCAGAACUGCCAAAACCAGGCUUCUGCCUUAUUGUUGGGUGUGUAUACAAUCCCCUGGGUCAGUGGUAUUUUUUUUCAGACUCUUCCACUCAGACUUUCUACUUUUAUUUCUUUACAUGGAUAGAAGGAAAAAAAUAUUAUUAUGUAUAUAAUAGGUAUGAAGGAAGGAGCUAAAGAACUAAUAUAUAAUAGGUACCUAUUACUUCAGUGCUUUAUAUAAAAUGUCUCAUUUUAUUAUCAGAAAAAGCAAUGAGAUUAUUUUAAAGAAGAACCUAAACUAAGAGAAUAUGAUGCCCUUUUCCCAUGGCAUCCUGUGUCUACCCCUAUUGCAGGUAUUAUCACACUGUGUUGAAAAAUCUACUUAUUUGUCUACAACAUCCAUGAAGUUUAAGUGACUUGAGUAUACUGUAUUCUAUCAGCUUGCUGGGACUUCCAUCACAAGUACCACAGACUAGGUGACUUGGACACUGGAUAUUUACAGUCUCACAAGUCUAGAAGAUGAAAGUCUAAAAUCAAGGUGUUAGCAGAUUUGCUUUCUUCUGCAGCCUCUCUCUUUGGCUUGUGGGUGGCGACCUUCUUGCUGUAUCCUCACAUGCUCUUUCCUCAGACUCUGAUUAAAUUACUGUGUUAAUGCAAUGCAUUAAUGUCUGCCCAUAUGACCUCAUUUUACUUUAUUUAUCUCUUAUUUUUUGUAUUAUGUUUAUUAUUAUUUUGAGACAGAGUCUUGCUCCACCACUCUGGAGUGCAGUGGUGUGAUCUCAGCUCACUGCAACCUCCAAUUCCAAGAUUCAAGUAAUUCUCAUGCUUCAGCAUCCCAAGUAGCUGAGAUUACAGGCACCAGCCAUCAUGACGGGCUAAUUUUUGUAUUUUUAGGAGAGACAGGGUUUCACCAUGUUUAUCAGGCUUCUUUUGAACUGCUGACCUCAAGUGAUCUACCCACCUCAGCCUCCAAAAGUGAUGGGAUUACAGGCAUGAACCACAAUUUACCUUUUUUAAAAAAAUUGUACUUUAGAUUCUGGGGUACAUAUGCAGGUCAUGGAAGAUUGUUGCAUAGGUACAUUCCUGGCAAGGUGGUUUGCUGCCUACAUCCCCCCAUCACCCAUACCUGUAAUUCUCCCCAUGUUAUCCCACCCCAUCCUUUCCCUCACUGUCCCUCCUCUAUUCCUCUGCGACAGACCCCAGUGUGUGAUGCUCCCCUCCCGGUGUCCAGUGUUCUCAUUGUUCAACACCUACCUAUGAGUGAGAACAUGCAGUGUUUGAUUUUCUGUUUUUGUGUCAGUUUGCUAAAAAUUGUGGUUUCUAGGUUCAUCCAUGUCCCUACAGAGAACAUGAACUCAUCAUUUUUAUGGCUGUAUAAUAUUCCAUGGUGUAUAUGUGCCACAUUUUUUUUGUCUGGUCUAUUGAUGGUCAUUUGGGUUGGUUCCAGGUCUUUGCUAUUGUAAACAGUGCUGCAAUGAGCAUUCAUGUGCAUGUGUCUUUAUAAUAGAAUGAUUUAUAGUUCUUUGGGUAUAUACCCAGUAAUGGGAUUGCUGGGUCAAAUGAUAUCCCUAUUCUAGACCAUUGAGGAAUCACUACAUUGUAUUCCACAAUGGUUGAACUAAUUUACACUCCCACCAAUAGUGUAAAAGUGUUCCUAUUUCUCCACAUCCUCUCAAGCAUCUGUUGUCUUCAGAUUUUUUAAUGAUCACCAUUCUACCUGGUGUGAGAUGGUAUCUCAAUGUGGUUUUGAUUUACAUUUCUCUAAUGACCAGUAUGAUGAGAAUUUUUUCAUGUUUGUUGGCUUUAUAUAUGUCUUCUUGGAAAUGUGUCUGUUCAUAUCCUUUGCCCACUUUUGAAUGGGUUUUUUUUUUGCUUGUAAAUCUCUUUUAGUUUUUUGUAGAUUCUAUAUUAGCCCUUUGUCAGAUGGGUAGAUUGUAAAAUUUUUUCCCACUCUGUUGGUUGCUGGUCCACUCUAAUGAUUGUUUCUUUUGCCAAGCAGAAGCUCUGAAGUUUCAUUAGAUCCCAUUUGUCUAUUUUGGCUUUUGUUGCCAAUGCUUUUGGUGUUUUGGUCAUGAAGUCCUUGCCUAUACCUAUGUCCUGAAUGGUUUUGCUUAGGUUUUCUUCUAGGGUUUUUAUGGUGUUAGGUCUUAUGUUUAAGUCCUUAAUCCAUCUGGAGUUAAUUUUAGCAUAAGGUUUCAGGAAGGGGUCCAGUUUCUGCUUUCUGCACAUUGCUAGCCAGUUUUCCCAACACCAUUUACUAAACAGGGGAUCCUUUCCCGAUUGCUUGUUUUUGUCAGGUUUGUCAAAGAUCAGAUAGUUGUAGAUGUGUGGUGCUUCCAAGGCCUCUGUUCUGUUCCAUUGGUCUAUGUCUCUGUUUUGGUACCAGUGCCAUGCUGUGCUGAUUACUGUAGCCUUGUAGUAUAAUUUGAAGUCCGGCAGCAUGAUGCCUCCAGCUUUGUCCUUUUUGCUUAGGAUUGUCUUUGUUCUUUUUUCUUAGGAUUUUCUAUUUAUUUUUUGGUUUCAUAUAAAGUUUAAAGUGGUUUUUUCCAAUUCUGUAAAGAAGGUCAUUGGUAGCUUGAUGGGGAUAUUAUUGAAUCUAUUAAUUACUUUGGGCAGUAUGGCCAUUUUCAUGAUACUUAUUCUUCCUAACCAUGACCAUAGAAUGUUUUUCCAUCUGUUUGUGUCUUCUCUUAUUUCCUUGAGCAGUGGUUUGUAGUUCUCCUUGCAGAGGUCCUUUACCUCCUCUGUUAGUUGUAUUCCUAGGUAUUUUAUUCUCAUUGUAGACAAUUUACCUCUUUAAAGGCCCUAGAUCCAAAUGAAGUAACAUUCUGAGUUACUGAGGAUUGAAAUUUCAGCAUAUACAUUUUGGGGUGCAGGGAACACAAACAAACCUAUAGCAUUGUCCAUAUCGAAGCAUUUUUAUAUCUUCACCAUCAAGCAUAGGAAAGGAUGCAUACUGGACACUCAGUGAAAGAAGGCUGAUGCCAAAAGUAAUGCUCAUUUCUAUCAUACAACCUUUUUAUUCCAGUCAUUUUCUAAUCUGUUGUGCAACCUGCUACAGUUUUUUUUUCCCAUACUUUUUAUAACUCGCUGCUGUUCUCUUCAUAGGAUCUCUCAGAAAAUCUGGCCACUGCCAUCAAUUCCUUUCCUCUCUGACACAUGGCCCACUCCCCUUCUUGAAUCUGGCCUGCUUGUACCUAAUUUGACUAAUAGCAUAGUUGAAAAUAACAUUGUGAAAUUUCUGAGCCCAACCUUUAGGAAGUCUGGCUGCUUCUGCUUCCUGGCUCUUAAAGUCUUGAACUACUUUUUAGGAAGUUCAGGCUCCCCUGCUGAAAUGAGACUCCACAUAGAAGAGCUGGAAACUGAGGUGCUGGAAACAUCAUUGAAGGCGACAUCUUGGACAGAUGUCUACCUUGAGUAAAUAUACUGAUAGAAACUCUGACCAGAAUUACUCUCUCCCUUGAACCCUCUCCCUUGACAACACAACUACUUCUAGGCCCAUUUGACUUCACUGAAGCCUCUGCUUCCAAUUUACCACAUUGAAGAUGGAUAGAUUAUCAUAAUAGUAGAGAAUUAUUUUGUACUAGCCCAGUAUAUACAGUAGGCAGUGAGGGCAGUCUUCUCUUCUGUCCUUUCCCAAGAUGUAAACUGGCUCUGUCCUAAGGAAACUCCAAGCCUCUAAACAAUUUAAUAAAAUUAAUGCAUUUUUAGGGCAACUUUUGCACUUUUAACAAAAAACUGAUUUCAUAUAAUUUGAAAUCUAUUCACUGGAGCAACCAUCCACAGAGUAGUUCUCGGCUAUUCUUGAACCUGAAAUGUCUGUUCAGAAGCAAUUGACACUGUCAACAUUUCUUGUACUAUUUUAAUGAGAAAAAAAAUUAAAAGCAGAUUCUCCAUAUGGCGGGUCAUUAAUCACUGCAAUGAUAGCUGGGAAGUAAAUUAACUGAUACUAUAACCUCUCCCCCUUCAGAAGCUAAGUAAUCAUAAAGGUACCAAAGGAAAAUUGGUUACAUCUGAACACAUUUUGAAGGAAGGGAAGAUAAUUAAAAAUGUUAAAAAAAUCAAAGUUUUAAACAUUUAUUUUAAAUGUAAGACAACUUGAGAACUUCAAGCAUAGAGACAGUGCUACAAUUCUCAUCUUUUCGUGUCACUUCCUGUGUGCUGCUCAGGCCAUGCCAUUCCAGCUACAGGACACCCCUCUGCAUCCACUGAAGACUUUGGAUCCUUAUUGUGUCCUGCUCUUUGCACAAAUGUUGGAGUAAUCCCAAAGGACCUGCAGAUCCAUGUAGACUGAAUGUCCCACAUCACUUCUUCCAAGCAUCUCCAUGACUGCAGCACCCAAUACCCCAACUGCACUCUGGACUAUUCUGUUUCCUAGAAUUAUUUCACCUCAAAAGGAAAAUCACAUUGGGAUUCUCGGUUGCUCAAUUCCUUCAUUUUACUUCGGUGUUCCUCUCCCAUAUAAUUUUUGUUUCUAUCCAAGGCAGAUAUCAUGGUGUGACACUCUCAAUUCCCUAAACCUUUUGCCCUUCUGCCAACCUGUUUUGCGCAACCUCACACAGCUUAAACAGAAACAAACUCUUGGUUUCCUAAUUCCCUACUUGGUCUGAUGGGAGCUGCUGGAAGACUGUUGAAUCACACAACCAUAUAGAUAGUUUGAUUUCAAAUUUAUAAACCAAAAUGUCAAAUAAAUUUUCAAAGCAAUUCAAUAAGUAAAACAUAUUUGUUAUAGAACUCAAAAAAGCAGACAAACAAAAAAAGUGUGGAGAAAAAAGGCAGCCAUAAUGCCAUCACACAGAAAAAUGGCCAUCAACUUUUGGUGCUUUUCCUUCCAGUCUUAUUUCUAUGCAUAUAACAGGAAUAAUGUGCAUGUUAUCUUACAAAAUUCCCCUUAAUAUUAUAAAAUGCACUUAGGUAAUGUCAAAGAAUUUAUUUCCAAUGUCUAAUUUUUCAUGACGCCAUAUCAUUCCCCUUUUUAGACAUUCUAUUAUUUAUCUUUAACUUUCCCUUACUGGUAGCUAUUUAGAUUAUUACUAACCAGUAACUUUAGCUUUUUAUUUAGAAUGAGCUUUUAAAGAUAGAAUUAAGGAGAUAAAGAAAAUAAGAGUUUAAGGUUUUUGAUGCACUUUGACAAAUCAACUUUGAAAAAAGUAAGAACAAUAGAUUCCAAUGACAAUGGAAGUAAAAACAACUGUUUUGUCUUGUACUCAGGACACUGAGUAACUUAUGUCACCAAUGUGAUCAUACAUGAUCAGUGACAAAGUAGCACUGAUAGCACUUAAAAUUCUCUAAGUGAGUAAAAAUCAGAUAUAUUUGUGUUUUAUCUCUUCGCUUAUUAGUAAGAUUAAACUUCUCACUUUAUAAGUUUCAUGGCAUUAAUUACUUUUUUGAAUUACCUGUUCACAGUUUUAAAGUAAUCAUUUGAACUAUUCCUGGCCAUCUCAUUUCCAAUUCCACAACAUCCAAGUUUGCCUCCUACAUUUUAGAUGGUAUUUAGUCUGCCUGGCAAAAAUAGUCCCUCUUGUUUAUCCCAGCACCCCAUCUUCUGUACUGUGCUAGUUUAUUUAUGGACAACUCGAAUCUUUUCCCCAUAUUUUGCUUGUUACUUUGUAUCACAUGAGCCAGAACCCUGGGAAUUAUAUUUACCUAAAUUACAGUAGGUGGAUUUCAGGUAAGAUUUCAAUAAUCUUUUAUGCAAUAUGUGAUAGACCAAAAAGAAGCAGAAACCAUCAUUCCUUAAAAGCAGCAGUGGCCACACAUAUGGGUUUUGUCAGAAGGCAAAUGUAAGGCUUUUCUACCUGGGUGUUUUCCUGCCUGUCUUCCAAGGCAGCUGAGAUUAUCACUGGCAUUUUUCUACAAGAGACAUAUAAAUUAAAGUCUUGAAUGCUAGCAGUUUCCCUGUAAGGAGUCCAGCUCCACUUUCAAGUUCUAUGUGUAAUCUUUCAGGCUAAACCCCAGGCAAGUACAAGUGUGGAGAGGCGUCCUAGGGAGAGGUUGCCCUCCCCAUACCAGACUUGUUGCACUGCCAGUCCAUUGUACUUUUCUGGAGGGGACUGUAUUCAAGGAAUCUGGCUCUCCAGGACUAGCUAUGCUCUUUCAUGGAGGGAUUUUUAUUAGGCCAAAGGAGUCUUUAGCACUUCCAAGGCAUCUUCUCCCACACCUUAGUAGAGGACUUGCCCCAGGCACUUCUCUCCAUUUUGACUCCAUAACUUCCAACUCCUAUUUUUCCUGUAUGACUACCUAAUAGCUUCUUGCCUGCUACACAGAUACAGCCAAUUUAUCAAGACAGGGGAAUUGCAACAAAGAAAGUCUGAUUUACGCAGAGCCCACUGAAAGAGAGACCAUGGAUUUAUUACUCAGAUAAGUCUCCCUGAAAAUUUGGAGACUGGGUGUUUUUUUUUUUUAGGUUUUUAAACCCACUUUUAUUGAUUAAUUGUAAGUAAUACAAAUAUUCCAAAAAUAUAAACAGGCACUUAAUGGCAUCCUACAUUUCAAAUUUUUGAAAACAACAAAUUUAUCAAACCAUGAAUCUGUAAGCAAGAUAGUCAGAAUCCCAUAGCCCAGUCACAGUGGGAAGCAGAUCCCCUACCCUCCAAAUGAGAUCUUGAAGGAGGAAAGUGGAGUGAGAUGGAACAUGGUAAGCAAAGAAGCUCACAAGGCCCAAAGAGGAAGGCCCACUCCAGGGGCAGGUCCUACAACAUUAAAAGAAUGGGGCAGCUGCCCAGAACUCUGGCCUCCUCUCCCAUGGCUGAAUGUAGAUAUUUACCAGCAUUUA